AUGUUGUCGAGAAGCUCAAGGCGUGCUUUCCAGUCGAGCUUGCCGGUUCUACGGCCCAAUUGGACACGACCUGGCCAUGUUCGACGACUAGCAACUGAGGCAUCAAGUGCAGAUGCAUCUAACCUACCUCUUGCCGGCAUCAAAGUACUUGAUAUGACAAGAGUGCUUGCUGGACCAUACUGCACGCAAAUACUGGGUGAUCUUGGAGCGGACGUAAUCAAGAUCGAACACCCAACAAGGGGAGACGACACGCGAGCAUGGGGACCGCCCUACGCCAAGUAUACAGACAACCAAGAAGGACCGGGAGAGAGUGCAUACUACCUGGGUGUCAACCGCAACAAACGAUCGAUAGGUCUGUCCUUUCAGCAUCCAGCCGGUGUAGAUAUUCUACAUCGUCUAGUCAAGGAAUGCGAUGUGCUCGUUGAGAACUACCUUCCGGGAUCUCUAGCAAAGUAUGCCAUGGACUAUGAUACCGUCUCAAAGAUCAAUCCGGGUAUCAUCUACGCUAGCAUUACGGGUUACGGGCAGACUGGACCGUAUAGAAACAGAGCAGGUUACGAUGUUAUGGUUGAAGCUGAGAUGGGUCUGAUGCAUAUAACUGGAGCUCGCGACGGGCCACCCGUAAAGGUGGGUGUAGCAGUAACCGAUCUUACAACCGGCCUCUACACCUCCAAUUCCAUCAUUGCUGCUCUCUUCCGGCGCCUCAGAAAUCCAGCCUCCAAGGGCCAGCAUAUCGAUGUUGCCUUGUCAGACUGCCAAGUCGCUACCCUAGCGAACAUUGCCAGCUCUUGCCUCAUUAGUGGGAAGCGCGACACUGGGCGCUGGGGAACUUCGCACCCAUCGAUUGUACCGUACAAGGCCUUCAAGACGUCGGACGGAGAUAUUCUGCUAGGAGGAGGUAACGACAGGCUGUACGGUGUGCUGUGUAACAAGUUGGGAAAGCCUGAAUGGAUUAUUGAUGAGAAAUUCAAGACGAAUGCGUUGAGGGUUCAGCAUAGGGACGAAUUGGAGGAACUGAUCGAGGGAGAGACAAGAAAGAAGAGUACGCAGGAGUUGCUAGACUUGCUAGAGGGAAGUGGAAUGCCAUACGCUGCUAUCAACGACGUACAGGAUACGCUAAACCACGAACAUGUUCUCGCAAGAGACAUGGUCAAGGAAGUAGAUCACCCAGCAUGCGGACCCAUCAAACUAGUCAAUACGCCUGUGAAAUGGUCAGAGUCGACUCCAGGCAUACGACUUCCCCCGCCCACUCUAGGCCAGCAUACGGAUGAGAUACUUGGUGAGACACUGGGUAUGAGUAAGGAAGAAGUAGAAGGUCUACGCAGUGGAGGAGUUGUCGCAUAA